AUGAGCAACAUAAACACAACAAGAUCUUUUUCGGGGCGAACGAAAUCUCUCCGCGAGAAGUUCGCUUCGAAACGGAGUUAUUCUGAGAUAUUCAAGCCGGAUGUCGUCAAAGAAGCCGCUAAUAAGGCUCGUGGAAAUUCGCGCCCCCGCUGUUCUCUGCAAGUUGCUCCGCCACCUACUAUUGCGCCUUCAUCCUCACCUUACAUGAGCCCUGGUUCGGGGGGACCUUCGACAGGCAACACGACACCGAGCGGGUCAGCAGGGCAUUCAAGCGGCGGCCUCAUCUCCUCGUACGCUCUCUCGGAGACCACGUACGGGAGUGCGUUAGACAUCAAUAGCGAGCGAGAGAAUCCCAGGUUCCCAUGGCAGCGGGACGCCGCAGUUCAAUGCUGUCUCGAUAAUGAAGAUGCAACCGAUAAUCACUUGAGUAUACGCAUACCUUCACAGACUGGAAGCUGCACGUCUUCAAUAGAUGCGUCUUCAGGCUGCUUUUCAUUCGAAUCCAUGCAACGACUCCUGGAUUUAUCGAUUUCUUCGAGUUCACAACAGCAACCCCCGAAUAAGAGUUCCCUCUACCUUGGAAUACCCAACACAAGCGGAGGUCGCGACGGGAAGCUCGGCGUGAAUUCGUUCCAGCUAAACCUCCCGUCGCCGAACGUACAUCCCGAAGCGCACGACCAAGAACGAAUGUUCCGGAGACUUUCCGGGAAAAGUGAGGCCUCUGAAGAGGAGGAAGAGGUCGUUCAGGAUGAGCCUCCAGCGUCGGCGCUGCAUCGAAGAAGAGCCUUAGUCCCUCCGAAGCUAAUUUGUCCCGAUGGCUAUGAAGACGCAAGUCAUAGUGAUGAGGUCCCUAUAGAGCGACGAAGAAGCAGCAGCGGCCCUGUCGAAGUGUGCGGCGCUGCCGACUCGAGCUCACCGUCUGGGGAUCUUCUGGUCUACUCGAAGGUGUUGACUCAGCGAAACAAUAUCCUGACACAAGCCCAGCAAGAGGUGGAUGGCUCGACGCAGUCACUGAUGGCUGUGGCUAGUGAAGAGUCUGGCCGCAAGGGGCGUAACUCUUGGUCCCUUCUGCGAAUCUUCGACCGGAAUCAUCGAGGAAAGUCAGACAGUAUCACUGGACUCGAAGAAGUGUUGAAUCAAUUGCGGCCUUCAGACGUGGAUGAUGAACAACUCUGUAAAUACAAGGGCCUUCAGUGGAGCGACUUCGUUGCUCUUCAAACAAGCCCCAGUACGGCAGAAACGGGAGACACGUCGGAACCCUCCUCUCCAAGAACGAUUCCGGAUACCGUCACCGUUGCACGAGGAAUUUAUAGCAUGGAUGGCGCUCGGAAGAAAGAAGCAAUCUGGGAUCUCUUCCAAACCGAGUGCAUGUUCCUUUACGAUCAUCUGAUGGUCUUGAGAAAUGUUUUCAUGGAGCCACUGAAAAAAAUCCAAGUUGAAGGCUUCGCGAUGUUUGCGGAGCCCGAGGUUCUGUUCGGCAACCUGGACGAACUCUGUUGCGUCACGUACGCAUUCUGCAAAGAAUUCAUCCAACUGCUGAGUUCCGAUAGCAUGUCCACAAGUGAUCUUCUACUGAAGCUGUUCACAAAAAGUUGCAAAAUCACCUCCAUGAGACAGGCGUACCAUCGUUACACUCUGAAUUAUAUCAAUGCUCUCAAUUAUCUCGAGACUCUACGGCGACAGAUCGAAUUCGUCGAGUUCGAAAAGUGGUGUUAUAAGGACCCGCGCUGUAAGAAACUCCAACUGCCGGAUCUUUUGGUCUCUCCCGUACAACACGUUAUGCGUAUCCCGCUCGUACUGCGGAAGAUCCUCUCGAGGAGCGACGAGAGUCAGGAGAAAGCUGCGAUAGAGUCUAUAUUGGAAGCCGAAGAAGCCUCUCUCCGUGAGCUCGACGAUAAAAUGAAAUGGCUGAAGAACUUCGAGCGACUCCUGGAAAUCCAGAGGAACAUCGUCUGGCCAUCCGUGACUGAGCUCGACCCAAAGGCAUUCGUGCCCGAGUUUCUGAAAACUCCUCUGAGCAGACAGCCGUGUGAGAAACUCAUUGUGAGUCCUAAAAGACAGAUAGUACUCGAGGGAGUACUCACACUGAUGGAGAGUGGUCGACCUUCCGAAUGUUACUUGAUUCUCUUCGACGACAUGAUUCUUAUAACUAGACGAAAGCGUCCGCUCAAUAAAAAAAAAUCAACGAUUACUGAAAACUGGGUUACGUGCGGAUCACCGCCAACGACAGGAUCGGGGAUCGAUAUGCAGGAGGGCACAUCAACGGGGACUGGCACAGUGAUCACCGGGAGCAAAUAUAUCGUCUACAAACAACCGCUGUCCCUCGACAGAGUUUGCAUCCACGAUGUCUCAACGCAAGACGCUACCGCGAACAACCUCCGUCACGCCUUCGUUUUCGUGUGUCUGAAUCGCUUUCAACAAGUUGUUAAUGUACACACGUUCCAGACACAGAACGAGAGUUCUAAGUUGCUGUGGCUGGGUCGUCUCCAGGACACCGUCGAUCACUGGAAACGCACACUGCAAAGCACGGUAUUUAGACACAGACCUUCGACCGCGCCAUCAGAUUGCGUCAGCAUUUCUGGACAACAGUCACCGCGCAGGUCGACUUAA